AUGAGCUACAAUCGACGCGGAGGCCUGGCGGCCGCAGUCGCGGGCGCGGCGGCAAUCGCGGCGGCAACCGGAGCAGCUACAGCAGUGGCGGGCGCGGCGGCUACCACAGCGCGUCCUCAAUCGGCAACGAGCGGCGCAAUCAAAGACGCGGUCAUGUGGCCCGAGCGCCAGCAGCUCUUUACGUGCUCGGCCGACGCGAGCAUCAAGCCCUGGGACUGCGCGACGUGGCAGGAGGUCACGACGAUCAGUGUCCAGGACGCGCACCCUCCGUCCAGUACCGGUAUUCUCGGCGGUAUGACUACCACGACCUCAGGCAGCAGCAGCGGUGGUAUUGGCUCGACGCACAAUAACAGCAGACACAGCUUUGCCGGCUGCUUUCGACCGAAUCCGAAGGUGUCGAUCGGAAUGGUCAGGGGAUGGAACCGGAGAACGCUCAAGCGCCUCCGUUCGAGUUCGACGGGUAACGCCACGCUGUUCAGCGGGGGUGCUGACGGUCGCAUCCGCACCGCAGAUGGACACAUCGAGCAACCAGUUCGCGGCAGGGGUCAUGGACGGCCACGUGCGAGGGUGACGCGACUCAAGACAUUUGCCGUGGGCAGCGUGCCGAUCUUGGCGUCAGCGAGCGUCGACCUUCGACGAUUCGGCUUGGGACUUGGCCACGUACCAGUGCGGAAAGUGCUUGCUGCUGAAGAUAAUGGCCACACGGAUGCCGUCAUGGAUCUCGAGUUUUGGGUGAACCAGAACGAGACGUUCUCUAUCAGUGGCGGCCUGGACGCCGAGAUCAUUGUCUGGGGCCUCACGCCGCUGUUCUACAGCUGUUUAAAGAAACGCAGGACUCGCAGGAUGGCACGAUCUCUGUGGGAAGAGCUGCCGUCGUUUGCGUACAAGACGACAUUGGGCGCCGAUCUCAAUCAAGGUCACCAUGAUGCUGUGCGCGCAUUACCACCGGUCCAAGCAAUACGUUCUUCUCCACUGGCAACGAUCAAAAGAUGA